UCCGCUGGCCCCACCGAAGCCUUGGGGGGGGGCCGGGGCCUUGCACGGGGCCCAGCCGCGCGGGGGCCCUGCUGGGUGCCGCGUGUCGCAGUUGCCUGUAGCCGGCUGUGUGAGCAGCUGCUCCCCUCAAGCCGACGCCUCCGGCCUCUGGCGGCGGCCCCUUUAAGGCCCCGCUUCUCCCUCGGGACGAGGGAAGGUCGCCGCCCUGCAGCUCUCUCCCCGGCGGCGGGGCCCAGCCAUGCAGCGUCUCCGGGGCAGCAGGUGGCUGGUGGCCGGGGCCGCCUUGGCCGCGGGGCUGGGGCUGGCGGGCGGGAGGCGGCUGGGCGGCGGCCCGCCGGCGGCGGGUUUGCUGCCCCGGCUGCCCGUGGUGCCGGUGGUGGCGGCGGCCGCCGACCUCUCCCCGCCGGCGCCCGGGGGCGCGGCCCGCGGCGAGCUGGCCAAGUACGGGCUGCCGGGGCUGCCGCCGCUGCGGAGCCGCGAGUCCUACGUGCUGUGCUACGACCCGCGGAGCCGCAGCGCCCUGUGGGUGCUGGAGCAGCUGCGCGGGGAGGCGCCGGGCGGCCCCGGCGACCGCGCCGCCUGCGACUUCCAGGCGGACGAGUCGGUGCACGAGUAUCACCGGGCCACCAACGCCGACUACCGCGGCAGCGGCUUCGACCGCGGCCACCUGGCGGCCGCCGCCAACCACAGGGGGAGCCAGAAGGCCAUGCAGGACACCUUCUACCUCAGCAACGUGGCGCCCCAGGAUCCUCAUUUGAACCAGAAAGCCUGGAAUAACCUGGAGAAAUACUGCAGGAGUUUAACGAAGUACAACAAGAAUGUAUAUGUCUGCACUGGCCCACUCUUCCUACCCAGGAUGGAGGCAGAUGGGAAGAUGUACAUCAAGUACCAGGUGAUUGGCAAGAACCAUGUGGCGGUCCCCACGCACUUCUUCAAAGUACUCAUCCUAGAGAAGCUCAAUGGAGAGAUUGAGCUGCGCUCCUAUGUGAUGCCCAACAGCCCCGUGGAGGAGACAAUCCCACUUGAACGUUUCCUGGUUCCUAUUGAGAGCAUCGAGCGGGCAUCGGGGCUGUUGUUUGUUCCUAACAUCUUGAAAAGAACAAAUCGUUUACAAGCCAUCAUGCCUGGACGCAAUAGCUGAACUCACCCAGGGGAUUGAAGACAGAACAUUCUGAGGUGAAGGCAUCCAAUAGAAGGGACUUAACUGUAGUAAUUAUUUAUCAGGGGUAUGUAUGGGCUCAGAUUUAUUCUCUUCCCCCCCAGCUAUUUUUUUUAAAAUGGUCUGGGAGCUUUUCAUGGGCCUGCAAUAAUUAAUAGGGUGGCCUGUUUCUUGAGGAUGCAAAUGCCAAAGAUGCUGUACCCUUGGCCCUAAAAAUGGCUGCUGGAACUUAAUAAAAAGUCAGUGCAGUA